AUGGGUUCUCUACUACCAACAAAUAACUUUUAUAAUGAAUUGAUAAAAGAAAUAAAAGUAGAAGAUGAAAAAUUGAAUUUACAUAAAUCAACUAUAUUAACUGAUAUUCCAGAAGCGUAUUGGUUAAAAAACCUUCUUAAGAAACUUAUAAGAAACUAUAAAUAUAUCUCGUCUAAAAAUAGCGACCUUAGUACAGAAAAGCGUUGCAGAGAUGUUAAUAAUUGGUUAAAUACCGAAAUACAUUUUUAUUCUACAAGCAAGAAUAUAAAAACAUCCAUAAAACCCACUUGGAUAAAAUUUAUUGAAACUAUAUGGGUGAAUUUACAAAAGGAAAAUCCAUAUAUUAAAUGCUCAAGACAAACGAAUGAUUUAUCAAUAAAUGAAAUAUAUGCGCGUAAAGAAUUAGAUGAUUUUUGUGAAAAUAGAAAUUACUUUGAAAAUAGUUUGAAGAAUAAUUUCAGUUUAGAAAAAUGUCAAGAAUAUUCUAAUUAUGUGAAAAAAGAAAAAAAUUCGAUUCUUAAUAAUGCAAAAUCUAUAUUAAAUGAUGAUAGUAAAUAUAAUAUCUUCAAUAUUUCUAAUAAAUGUAAUUUGCAAAAUAUAGAUGAGACAUUCCCUGAGAUCAUUUGUAAGAACGAAUGUAUGUACGAAAAACUUAUGAACAAUAAUAGAUUUAUAUUUAGCACACUUUAUAAUAUUGUACAAAAUAUUUUUAAGGGAUCACAAGAUCUAAGUGAUAAACAGGAUUAUCGUUUAGUACCAAUAACAUGUAAAGGUUGGAAUGAGAACCGUGGUUUAUCAAUUAAGUACAUUGUUUUAUCAUCUUUAUUUAUACUCUUUGGAUAUUUUCUCUAUUCAUUCUACAAACAUAAGAACAAAUCUGCUAUAUAUCGUCGAUUUAAUCGAGAUAAAGUGGUAGAAAGAGUACGAAAAUUUAUGGAAGGUAGAGUCACAAAUAACUUGUUAGAGGUUCCUGAAACAUAUUUAGAUGAAAAUAAUUAUGAACAACAACGUAAUAAUAGGCAUCAUUAA